UUGUAUUCAGUGUUUCAUGUGGAGUUUAUUAAAUGUUCUCUCUCACAUCUGUGUCUCCAGUCUGUUAAAAGGAUUUGUCUCAGUAGCUUCAGAGCUUGUCAUGUGACCACUCAAGUCAAGAUCAAGGCAGCAGAGAGGAAACAUGCGUCUCUCCCUCGUCCUGCUGUUUGUUCUGUUCACCGAAGCUUCAGCUGCAGACGGUGAAGAUCCUGGAACCUUCAUCGCUCCAAGGCAUCUGGUGGAUGAUGAGCCUCAACAGCUCAGACAACCUCAGCCCCGUCCCAGAAACUCAUUCCAAAUGAACAAGCCUGUGAGGUUACUGGACGCCAUCAUUCAAAGCCUCCCCAUCCCGCGGGAUGAGCCGCUGACCUCUGACAUCAACGGCACCACUGAGGCGCCCCCAGCUGCAGGGUCCACCACCACUGCAGCUCCAGACCCGGACGCCGAGGUCUGCAGCGGUCGGCCGUUUGACGCCUUCACCCAGUUAAGUAACGGCUCCAUCUACGCUUUCAGAGGGCAGUAUGUUUUUGAGCUGGGCCAGAGGUCGGUACUUCCUGGUUAUCCCAAGCUCAUCCAGGAUGUUUGGGGCAUGACUGGACCGAUUGAUGCUGCUUUCACCAGAUUCAACUGUCUCGGGAAAACCUACAUCUUCAAGGGCAGCCAGUACUGGAGGUUUAACAAGAAGGGUGUCCUGGAUGAAGACUACCCGCGGGACAUCAGCGUCGGCUUUGAUAACAUCCUCUACCCCUUUGAUGCGGCCUUCAGUAUCCCUGCAGCUGGGAACCAUGCCAAAGAGAAGUUCUUCCUUUUCAAAGCGGAGCAGUAUGCCACAUACGAGUUUGUCCACCGGCCGACACCAGAUCAGUGCCAUUCCCCCUCAGAUGGUAGCCUGGAGGAUCUUCUCAGCGAGCCCGUCUCUGACUUGCCUCAGCAUCACAGCAAACACCACUUCAUUGAGAAGGACUGGAGAGGCCUGAAGUCCCCGGUGGACGCCGCCCUGACCGGCCGAAUCAUGCAGCGGCCCAGGAGCGCGGGUUCUGACCACCUGUCUGACCAGCAAUACCAGGGGUUUGGACGGCAGAGAGGGCAAAGGAGAGGAGGCUUGUCGCAUGAAACGGGGUCCGUCGAUGGUGAAGAAGUGAUGGACAACACAGAUGACGAUGACGGUUUCCGGAUCCAGACCGCCUACUUCUUCAGAGGAGCUAACUACUACAGAGUGGACCUCAGCAGCAAGAGGGUGGAGCCCGGGGUGCCUCCGUACCCCAGAUCCAUCGGCAAAUACUGGCUGGGCUGCACUGAUGGGAGCUGAGCCCAGACGAGCCAGCGCCGACCCGACUGCCCAUCCACUCACAUUUUCUGCUUUAAUACGUUAAUGGCAAUGUUGCCGUGUGAAUGGGGCGUAUCAUCUGCACUGCAUUUCUUCUAUUGUGGGAAACAUGACAAAUAUACCUGUAGACGCCACUUUCCAAGCUCCGACUCGCUGACUGUUUCCUUUAUUUCACUUUGCUCUGGCAGCCGAUUUAAAACUGCAAUGUUCGAUCAGAGAGAUUUCUGUCAACACUGAAUUUUGCACCGCAUGCCUCGAUCUUUUGAUGACCGCUUGCAAUAAAACAUCAUAACAAAA